UGAUUCUUGGUAACUUUGCAGAUAAUAUGCUCAUCUUUCAUUCUCUACAUGAUGAGGAGAUGGAAGAUCAUUUCUUUUACUGCUGGUGAAUCCUGGGCAACGUCUGAUUUAGCGCUUCUUGUACCAGUCGAAACAUUAUUGCACACCCUCCCCCUUUCUUUAACUUAUUUGCUUUACAUGCUAGCUUCGAUGGAGGCUGUACGUGGAGUAAAUGUCCCAAUGUAUACCACUCUCAGGCGUACAACUGUUGUAUUUACCAUGAUUAUGGAGUAUCUUUUGAUUGGACAAAAAUAUGGGUUUUCUAUUAUUGUCAGUGUGGCAUUGAUUGUUUUUGGAGCGUUUAUUGCUGGAGCUCGAGACUUGUCCUUUGAUACCUAUGGUUACGCUGUUGUCCUUGUGGCCAACCUUACAACUGCGAUAUACCUUGCAACUAUAUCCCGUCUUGGGAAAACUAGUGGUCUCAAUAGUUUUGGUCUGAUGUGGUGCAAUGGAUUGGUAUGUGGACCGGUUUUGUUAGCCUGGACGUUCAUAAGUGGUGAUCUGAAGUUGACAAUUAACUUCCCAUAUUUACUUUCUCCUGGUUUCCAGGCUGUCAUGUUGCUUUCCUGUGUAAUGGCAUUUUUCUUGAACUACAGCAUAUUCUUGAAUACUACCCUUAAUUCUGCAGUCACACAGACGAUCUGUGGUAAUCUAAAGGAUUUUGUCACUGUGGGACUUGGUUGGGUUUUGUUUGGAGGGCUUCCGUUUGAUUUGCUAAAUAUCAUAGGCCAAGGUCUUGGUUUCAUGGGCUCUGGUUUAUAUGCCUACUGCAAGAUUAGAGGGAAAUAGUUACUUACGAGGUAAAAGGCCAGUCAUGAGGAUUUUGGUACUUGUGUGGAUUGCUGAAGCUGCAAUAUGGAGAAGAUUGCAAAAAGCGCAAUGUCAGUAGAAGCGGUUCAAACAUUGCUAUUGCAAAUCUGACAGAUCUCUCUUGUGUUUUAUGCAAUUUGAAACCAUUUUGUGGUCUCAUCUUAGCAUGCAAUUCCUUGGACCUGUUGUUAAGAAUGGGCGUAUUUUGAAGAUUAUGAGUAUAUUUUUUGCCUCCAAGGUGUGUAAUUUGAGUAUCAAUUCCUGAUGAAAUGAUCUCGAGUUUUGACAGCGAAGUGGAUGCUUUAAUUUCAAUUUCCUUAAUUAUUACUGAAAGAGUACAUUUUUGUUUCU